AUGGUCACCGAAGGAAUAGAUUUGCGUUCUGUUGGAAACACCAUGAAAUUGCACGAGACGUCAUUAGUGGAAGCCCUGAACCUAAAGUUCGCAGUCGAGUACAAGCUGAAAAACUUCACAGGAGCACAAGAGGCAUUGACAGACAUGCCACCUCGGUCCGAAGAGGAACUCGAUCCCGAAUCGAUACGAAUCCGAGCGAUGGCUUCGCUGCUCAGCCAAAAUCCGUUCCCACCUGAGACAUUUGCUAAUCUGCUGCUACUUUACUGCAAGUACGAGUAUUACGAUUUGGCAGCUGAUGUCUUGGCCGAAAACACUCACCUCACUUUCAAGUAUCUCACGCAGUACCAGUACGACUACUUGGAUGCUCUCAUCAAUCUUCAAACUUCCCCAGAAGAAGCAUUCGCCAAGUUCGACGCGAUGGCAAAUGAGCAAAUGAAUGAAUUACGGAGCCUUACCAAGAGGGUGCAGGAAAUUCGUCAGAGCAAUGAUGAAACAACUGCUCGGAAAGCCGUUGAGGCAUUCGACGAGACACUUGAACUGUACUUACCGGUGUUGAUGUCACAAGCGAAGAUCUACUGGGACAAAGGUGAUUAUGGGCGAGUGGAACGGAUCUUCAGGAAGUCAGUGGAAUUCUGCAGUGAACAUGACACAUGGAAACUAAAUGUGGCGCAUACAUUAUUCAUGCAGGAGCAGAAGUUCAAGGAAGCGGCAGGAUUCUACGAGCCAAUUGUUAGCAAGAACUUCGUGACA